AUGAACGCGGUCGACCCUACCUAUCCCUUGUUUCCCAUCGCCGAGGUCAUAUCUUCGGCGAUGCUGCUUUUAGUGCUCUUGAACAGCUACCUACGACACAACUGGAACCUGGGCGUCGCGUUCUUAUGUUUUUGGCUCUUCCUGGAGAACCUCAUGAAUGCUGCGGGUGCAGUCAUAUGGUCCGACAACGCCGACAUCAAGCUGUAUGCGUACUGCGAUAUCGUGUCACAUUUGCAGAUGAUUGUCUACGUCGUAAAGCCCAUGGCGACUCUCAUCAUCACUCGUCGACUGUACUUGGUCAUCAGCGACCACUCCGUAGAUUCCUCCUCCAAAGCUGCGAGGCGUAACCUGGUCGUAGAGUGGACUCUGGGUCUGGUUAUACCCCUGCUUGUCGCAGGUCCCAUAUACUACAUCCAUCAGGCGUUCAGAUUCGCAGUCGACGAAGGCUUCGGAUGCGGAAAUAGUAUCAUACCGUCUAUACUCGAACUCCUGACCCUAGAAUCAUGGACUGUAGUUCCUCCUCGCGUAUCCGUCAUCUUUUACUAUCCAAGAGUGAUACGGUUGUUCUACAGACAAAGCCGAGUCUCCGACAGCUUCGUCUGCAGUGGCAAUAGCUCGACGAUAACGCGGACGAGCUACUUUCGGAUCCUCAUCCUCGCCAGCAUCGACAUCCUCCUCACUUUACCCUUUGGUAUCGUUAGUAUCGUCCUCACUAUAACCGCGGCACUGUCCCCUCCGGCAUACUACCCUUUCUAUCCCGGCUGGACAUACUUGCACACGGACUGGGAGCCUGUGGCAUACACCUACGCCGACACCAUAGCGGGAGGAAUAUCCAAUCUCGCUCAGCUUUACUUCGCCCAAUGGACGUCUCCUGUACUCGCCUUUGUCAUCUUCGGUCUCUUCGGCUGGACGGCGGAGGCCCGGCAGUCAUACUGGGACGUCGUCUGCACCAUUGGAGCCUGGUUUGGCUGGAAACAGAACGCGCGGAAGAAUGGCCAUCCUGCAUUCGAGUCACUUGGCGAGAUGCAGUUCGGCACGCGGCCCCUGGAUACGGUUCAGGACGUAGAAACGGGUACGCCACCCCCAAUAUAUCGAGCAUCGAUGACAGACAAGGACACCCGAUACGCACCACACGAAUGUGAGCCAGACCGUUGUCAGUGA